AAAGGACAGGAAAGCCCUGAGAAACUACAGACUUGUUGUUAGUAAAGAGGAAAAAAAGAGUUGGAUAACUAGAGACUCAUGAUUUACUGUUUCCAGACUUGAGCUCCAGGAUUUACGAGCCCACCCUUUAGUGAUGACAUAAUGCCGGUUGGGAGAAGAGGUCUUGUUGCUCCCCAAAACACCUUCUUGGAAAACAUCAUCAGGAGAUAUAACUCUCUCCCUGCCUCCAGUUUUCUCCUAGCUAAUGCCCAGAUUAUGGACUAUCCUAUCGUCUAUUGCUCCGAGAACUUCUGUAAAAUAACGGGCUACAAGCGGGCUGAGGUGAUGCAGAAGUCGUGUCGCUGUGGCUUCAUGUACGGUGAACUUACAGACAAGGACACCAUCACCGACAUCGAACAUAGUCUCGAGAAACAGGCCAUCAACCAGUUCGAAAUUCUGCUUUACAAGAAGAAUAACACUUCCGUAUGGCUGUUACUGCACAUCACACCUAUAAAGAACGAAAAAAAUGUGGUGGUCCUGUUUCUUCUCACCUUCAGAGAUAUCACAGCUAUCAAACAACCUUUAGAAGACGAUGCCAGCAAAGGACUCAGCAAGUUUGCCCGAUUAGCCCGAACUGUUACCAGGACUCGCUCCGUUUUUGUCCAACAGUCCUCAUCUCAUUCACCCCUUGUGAAGUCCAACAAUACCAAACAAUCUCAGAUCGCUCACAUGAUGAGCUUGAGUGCCGACGUGAUGCCUCAAUACCAACAAGAAGCUCCCAAGACCCCGCCUCACAUUCUUCUUCAUUACUGUGCCUUUAAAGCCCUAUGGGAUUGGAUCAUUCUGUGCCUCACCUUCUACACCGCCAUCUUGGUGCCCUACAACGUGGCCUUCAAGAAUAAAACCAGCGAGGAUGUCAGUUUCCUGGUGCUUGACAGCAUUGUUGAUGUCAUCUUCUUCAUUGACAUCGUCCUCAACUUCCACACAACGUUCGUCGGUCCGGGUGGCGAGGUGGUUUCUGAUCCCAAAGUCAUCCGGAUGAAUUAUCUGAAGAGCUGGUUCAUCAUAGAUUUGUUAUCCUGCCUUCCUUAUGACGUUUUCAACGCUUUCGACCAUGAUGAUGACCAGGGAAUCGGUAGCCUGUUCAGCGCCCUGAAGGUUGUCCGGUUGUUGAGACUGGGGCGUGUAGUCCGCAAGUUAGACCGCUAUCUGGAGUACGGAGCCGCCAUGUUGAUCCUACUUCUAUGUUUCUACAUGUUGGUAGCGCAUUGGUUGGCGUGCAUCUGGUACUGUAUUGGUCUCAGCGAUGCCGAGAACGGCUUCGUCUACGGCUGGCUGUGGAGACUGUCUAAUACCACCCAACAACCUUUCUAUUUCGACUCUUCUAAUACGACGUACAAUAUGAAACUAACUGGCGGUCCUCCAAGAGAGACCAUGUACGUGACAUCUCUCUACUACACCAUGACCUGCAUGACCAGCGUGGGGUUUGGCAACGUGGCUUCCGAAACGGAUAACGAAAAGGUUUUCACCAUCUGCAUGAUGGUGAUUGGAGCUCUUCUGUACGCCAUGAUUUUUGGCCACGUGACCACGAUUAUUCAGCAGAUGACGUCAGCAACAGCACGCUACCACGAGAUGUUGAAUAAUGUCCGUGAGUUUAUGAAGUUACACGAGGUUCCGAAAGCAUUAAGUGAGCGUGUUAUGGAUUACGUGGUGUCUACAUGGGUCAUGAGCAAAGGGAUUGAUACCAAAAAGGUGUUAAGUUACUGUCCAAAAGACAUGGCAGCAGACACAUGUGUCCAUCUAAACCGGAAAGUAUUUAACGAACAUUCGGCUUUUCGACUCGCCAGUGACGGCUGUUUACGUGCUUUAGCUAUGCACUUUACAAUGGAUCAUAGCGCUCCUGGUGACCUCCUCUACCACACUGGGGAAAGCAUCGAUACUUUGUGUUUCGUAGUGUCUGGGUCACUGGAGGUCAUUCAAGAUGACGAAGUAGUUGCUAUAUUGGGUAAAGGUGACAUCUUUGGUGACGUGUUCUGGAAAGAGCCUACGAUUGGCCAGUCUUGUGCUAACGUUCGGGCCCUGACGUAUUGUGACAUCCACGCUAUUAAAAGGGAUAAACUUCUGGAAGUACUCAAUUUUUAUCACGCCUUCGCCAACUCUUUUUCUAGGAACCUUUCUCUAACUUACAACCUGAGGCAUAGGUUGAUAUUUCGCAAAGUAGUUGAGUUGAAGAAAGAAAGGGAAUUGGAAGACAGAUGCCGAACCGAGCCCAUGCAAGAGAUUACCCAGGAUCACCUUAUGAGUAAGUUCUUCUCUCGCUUCAGGAGGAACGGUUCGGCUGGCAACCAGGUGGUCUCAAUGGCAAGUCCAGAUAUGGAGAAUGGAGAACGACCAAAGUCCAGUGGUAGUGAAAUAGGACCACUCAAGAAAAAUCACGCCUUUAUUAAGCUAUUGAAUAUUCCUGAGGUGUUGGGAAAUAAUAUCGCUUCAGGAAGAGCUGCGAAAUGGACACCGGCAAUUGAACUCACCAAAACUAAAGGGAUCGGUGGGGACAACAAAGAAAACCAGGGUGCUACAGAAAAUUUAAGUUUUACUCAAACUGGUGAGAUAUUAGCCAAAAACACGGACUAUCUACAUGAGGUAAAAGACUCAAAAGUUUUAACAAAGUGGUCCAAAGCCUUACCGCACCAAGAGAGGUUCGAAGGAAUAGCUGAACCUGGUCGUCAACAGGUAUCUUAUAUAGACAAUGAAAACAAUAAUUCUUCAAAUAUUAGUCCGGGAUACAGUAAAAACUUCUUUCAUCGGCAGGAACAGAAGGAUGGGGGCAGACAUUAUAAUUUUGAAAGUGGUCAUUUUUCGUCACGUCCUUUUUCACCACGGAACUUGUCCAACUCGGACUACCAGCAGAUAAUUGCUCACCUUAUGGAUCUGCGAGUGGAUCUGAAGCUAGAAGUCCAGCGGUUAAGUCAGAAAGUUACCAAAAUGGAAGAAGGAAUGACAGUAAUUCUGGACCACAUUCCGAAAUGUGUUGCUACUUCAGAACAGUUCUCAACAAUUAGAGGAUGCCAUUGCUCGGCUGACUCGAAACAGACGUGUGGAGAAAUGAGUGCACAGGGAAUGUCGGAACAGAUAUAG